AUGGAGCUAUUAGAAAAUGAUUUAAUCAUAGAAUUCACAAAUCUAAUUAGAUUUUUCUUUAACUUUAAUUAUUUAUUAUUUGAAAGUUCUUUAUUUGGUGAACUUAAUGGCAUAUUUUAGGACGCAUUCUGCUCAUGCUUUGGGUUUAUUAGUCCUUAUUUACCUGGAUAAGAAAUAUUCGAUUAUAAUUUCAAAAAUUUGUGGUAGCUCAUAGGAUACAAUGAUUAUUACUUAGUAAAUGAAGAUAAUCCUUAUUUAAAUGAAUCAAUAGUUGAAAAAAGUAGACUUAUCUCACCAAUUAUCUCAUCAGCCUACUCUAAAAUAAAAAUUAUAGAAAAAAAAACUGCUGUUAUGCUUUCUAAAAAAUAAUUUGGUUAAUAUUGCACUGAUUUCUUGAAUAGAUACUCUAUUUUCUUAAUCAGUUAAACGAAGGAAAUAUAUUAUAAGUAGCUUGAUCCUUAGAGCAAAAUCAAAUAUCCAUUCUAAAUACUUUAUUUAAAUGACUGCUUACAAUAAUUUAUAGAAAAAACUAAUCUGCAAAUUAGUAUUCUUGAAUAAAAUAUUCCAAAAAAGCAUACAAGAGAGCAUGAAAUAUAAUCUAUUAAAAAUUUAAUAGAUUAAAUUGAAAAUAGCGAUUAAAUAAAUCAAAAUAAAUAAAAACUAGAAAAUUUAAAAUAAUUAUUUAACAGAAAAAUAAAUAAUUAAAAGAGAGAUUACUAAAAAAAUAAAAUGAUUUUAAAAAAGAUAAGGUUGUUAGAGGAUUCUCAAAUAUAUUAAUGCAAAAAUAAUAUCAUUUAAUAAGGUUUAGUAAUUAACAGCUUUUUAUAUAACAAAAACUAUUAAGUGGAAAGAGAUGAAAUUUAACAAUAUUUAUUAAAUGAGGCAUCAAAUACCCUUGCUUCUAUCUUAAAUAAAAUUGAAAAAUAAGAUAAUUAAAAUGAAAUAGAUUAAUCUUUUGAAAAUUUGAAAAAGUAAUUAGAGGAUUAAAAUUAAAAAUAUAAAGAGUAGUUUGAAAAAUAAUUUUCAACUUUAAGAAAAUAGAAUAGCCAAAAAAAUUAAGUAUAUUUUGAAAAAAAAUCUCAAAAUUAGAAUGAGUAAAGUGAUUUAGAUGAUAUGGAGCCUAAAUUGUAAUAACAAUAAAGUAAAGAAGAUGGAGAGUAUUAAGAAGUAGAUGAAAAAGAGGAUGAAGUUUAAAAUGAAGCAGAAAGCAUUCUCAAAUCAUGCGACGAUAUAUUAUAUGCAAUCACAAUUCUGAAUAUGAAUAAUUAGAGAUCAGUUUUAAGAGAUCUUUUCAAGGGCUAUGAAAAUAAUCAAUUAAAUUAGUUUACUUAAAUGUGCUUACAAUUUUUCGAAUCAAGAAAUGUCUUUGAUAGAAUUAAUAUAGGCUUAUUAUCAAAUUAAUUAAUCUUAAUGUUUAGAUAAAAUAUCAAUACCUUAACUUAAAUGAAUAUUUUUAAAAUUGGACUAGCUGAAGUAUAUUUGUUAUUAAACUCACUUGAAAAUGUAGAUAAAAUAAAAGUUUCUAUCCCUUUUGGAUUCGAAAAUUGUUUUAGCUUCGAUUUUUAAACUAAACAGCAAAAAGAUUCAUUAUCAUAAAUGUAUAUAAAGGUGAAAACUUAUAGUACUGACAUUGAUUAUAGAUUGAUAUAUUUAUAUAUUAAUGGAAUUUUAGACUUGGUAGGUACUUUUUAACUAGCAAUAAAUCGUUAAAUUUCAAUUUUUAAUAUGAUUUUACAAAUUUUGAUUCUGUUUUUAAAAAAACAAACUGAGAUACUUUACUAAAAAGAUUUUGUUAAAAAAAUUCACUCAUUCUUAAAUUAUUUCACAUAAAGAUUUGGAUAGUUAAAAAAUAACAAGUAUAGACCAUUUAAAAAUGCCGAAGAAUAUUCAGAUUUUUCUUACAACGCUUAUAAAGAAGAUGAUUUAAAUUAAAAAUAAUAUUUAUAUAAACUUUUUAGCUUGAAAUUCCAUAAGACAUUUUUACAUCUGGCUGAGCAAGCUGCUAAUUCUUAAACGAAAGACAAUUAAAAUAAUACAAUACAAUAUGAUAUUAUUGAAUUCAUUUAAUCAAUUAGAUAUGCUGAAAUAUAACAUGUUUUGAUAAACUUUAAGAAUAUUUAAAAUAUCUCUUGUGAGUUGUAAAUAUAAAAAUUAGAAAAAUAACAAGAAGUGAUAAGCAGUAGUCUUAUAGAAGAAGAAAACCAAAUAAAAUCUCAAAUUAUUAGAAUUAGAAAUAAUUUAAACGCAAACAAUAAUGAGGAUUUAACAGAAUAGAAUUACAUAAAUAUCUUUUAUAAACAAGAUUUUGUUAUGUUUAUAAGCUAGGUAAUUUAUUACAAUCAACCAACUAUAUGUCUAUUUAAAUAGGAAACUUAAUAAUAAUUGGAAUUAUUUGAAGAAAAAUUCUUAAAAGCAAUAAUUUAAGUUUAAAAAGUCCGUAAAAUAUUUUUAUAGGAGCUAACCAAUAAUAAAAAAAGAUCAAGCGAAAAAUAUAUCUACAUUAUUUAAAAGUUGAAUAGUUUAAUGAUAGAUGAGAAGCAAUUUUAUAGGAACAUGAUUUAAGCUCAGCAAAAUAUAGAGAAUAUUUAAGAAUUUUAGAAUGAUGUAGAGAAACAUUCAAUAAACUACAUUGAUUAAAUGGAAAAAGUAUAUACUAAUUAUUUAGAUUACACAUCAGAACCAUUGGAUAUUAUAGAAAAAGAAAAAUUGGAUAUACAGAAAUUUAUAUCAGAAUAAAUCAAUUCUCUUUAUUGA